CAGGUUAUCAAAACUGUAUGACGAUCCUGACGGUCUAUUGGGUUUUCUACUUGCUCCUCACUUUGGUUCUGAUUUGGGGAGCCUAUGCGGAGAAUCAAUGGAUGUUGGCACCAUGGCUUCUCGGCGAAGUUCUGCGGAUCGUCAUGUCCCAACUCCUGGGCCUGACGGCGAUCCUCAAAGUCGACAACUGGGCAGACAUGUUGCAAAAUGCCACUUGGUCCCUGCCUGAAAAUUCGACCUUGUUAGCCGCCUCAGACAAUUUGUACUUGCACAUCAACGUACCCGGGAUCCUGGCUUUACUUGGAGUACUCGUCUCCUUCUACUUCAUCUUGAUCGUUUACUCAUUUUUUGAGGAAUUGCGCGCGAAGGCGAAUGCCGUCGUGCCGAUCCCGAAAGCCCCCGCCAAACCGGAUGCUUGAGAUUUUAAUGUACACCAUUUUAACAUUCAAUAUACAAUAUAACAAUCAAUGUACAGUACUUCAAUUGAAGCGUCAUACUUCUCGAGAGUCUGCUCAUCAGAGGCUCGCGACAAUUAUUUGAAUUUAUAUUCAAUGAUUGAUUCGGUUGACAGAGGACUUUGAUUUCUCUUCUUGCAUGUAUGCCAAUUUGCUUCGCAAACCCUUUGAGUUUACAGUAUAGAGUAAUCAUGAAUUCACCAGAAAAUUAUCGAAUAUUUCCGUAACGUAAAGUGUUUCUCCACGACUGCUGACGGAUAUUCUUUUCGCGUGAAUUAAUCAUUUUAAAAUUUUUCUCGAGAUGUUCAACAAGAGAUGAAAAAAUGUAUUGCACUCAGUGCUAUUAUUUUACAGAAUAAUGAGGAAUACAUUUUACAUGGUAUAUUUUUACGCCAAUAUCAUUCAAACAAUCUGACAUCCAAACAAAAAUCAAGUCCACUUGGAACCCAGUCAACUGUUUAAAAUUUUCAAUAACCCAUAGUUUCACUUGGGCAUUUUUCGUUUUUAUAGCGAGAAGAUAUGAUUUUAAGGAGCAAAAAUUCGUACAGCAAAAUUUUCUGCGCCACAGUUCACCAACACAGGUAAUGUGCGUGAAAUUGUUUUAUCAAGGAUUUUUAGACAGAAUUUUCGGGAGAAGGAUACGGAGUUUUUCGCAUUCGCUUCUAAUUUUAAAAAGCUAAAGGCGAUUGUAUCACUCUGUAUAUAGGAAAUCAGAAAUUUUGCAUUAGCUCAUGUGUGGCAGGAACUUGCUCAAGAAACAUUUCCUGAAUUCAUGCACGGACGAAAUGUGUGCGAAAUAUUUUUCUCAACAAUUCUGAUUGCACGAUUGGCAUUGAUGGAAUAAAGCAGACGACGUCUUAACGAUUA